AUGCCGAUGCCGAUGCCGACGCGUCUGACGAAGACGACGCCGACGACGCGCGCGAGACACCGCGCGGGACGAGGGACGCGCGCGAGACGCGGCGCGACGUCGGCGUCGACGCGCGAGGACGUGCGGGACAUCGCGCGCGACAUCGCGACGGCGACGCCGACGUCGCGCGCGCACUCGUUGGCGGAUUGCGCGUACGCGACGGCGACGACGUCGGCGACGAUGCGAUUGCGAGAUCGCGUCGCGUGCGCGCUCGCGGCGACGGCGAUCGAGGCGGUGGUGGCGUCGGGGAUGGAUCCCGCGGAGGGUGGAUUCGGGGCGGAGGACGAGGAUUUUCGAGGCGCGGAGAGUUUGUUGAUUUCGCUCGCGCUCGAGGAGGCGAUGAAGAGGAACGGCGAUCGGCGCGAGGUGCGAGUGCGCGUGGGGUACGCGCUGUGCGCGAUGACGGAGGACGCGAGCGAGGCGACGGCGCACGCGUGGUUGGAGAUCGAGGGCAAGGUGCUCGACGUGUGCUCGCCGGGGAUGAUUUUGUGCGAAGCGGCGCGACGGAGCGGCGUGGAUUACGACGAUCGAGACGCGAUGACGGCGCAGUUCGGUGCCGAGGCUUUACUCGCGGCGGGGUACGCGCCGGCGACGAAGGAGCGGCCGAUGCGACACCGUCCGCUCACCGUGCUCAACGUCGCCGUGCCCCUGGGCGGCUCGCGCGGCGCGCGCGAGAAGACCAAACCGGGAUACGGUCUGACUUUAAAGCCACCUCCGGCCGGCGUUCGCGGCGCGGCGAACGCUCAAAAACGCGUCGAAUUCUUCCAAUCUCAAGUCUUAGCCGCGGGCGUGUUGGGAAUCGAAAAGUUUAAAGACGCGGCGCCGCCGGCGGCGCGCGCCGCGUACGAACGCAUCGUCGCCGCGCGCGUCGAAACCGUGCGCUCGAGAGAGGACAGGCUCGAGCGCGCGAUCGCCCCUGCUCGCCCCUAA